AUGGACCAUCUCCCCAAAUUUCGCAGGAAACCAAAGAUCCCAACAAUUUCCACGACAGACGUCAAGACCCCUCCCUCCCGAAACGGCUUUGACGAGCAGCCGCCCCAGCAGAUCUAUCCCUCCACCAACAACAACACCAACACCGUCACCGUCACCGGCGGCAGGUCGCCAACCCCGACAAAGCCCGGCUUGCGCAAGUCGGCCUUUCGCGGUCUUCACCUGCGCGGCUCCGCUAAGCGCGGCCGCUCUCCUCCCGCCGCCUCCCUGCCGCAUUCGCCGCCCUCGCCAGCUAUUGUCUCCCACGACGGCAUUGCCUCCUCCCCGGCAUCGUCAAAACAGAAAGACAAGGCUGGGAGUGAGAACGGCAACGGGAGUGGUAGCGCUGGCGGCAGCGCCAGCGGUAGCAAGAUCGGCAGCAAGCACGGCUCUGUCGCAUCGGAGUCCGGGAAAAACAGCCACGAAAGCCCUUGGCCAAAGCCGAGGAUCCCGGCUUUCCUCAACCUCUCGGUACCAGGUACGAGAUCUCGGCCGCCUCGCAGACGUGGAGGCGCAAGGCGGGAACUAAUUGCUGGUUUGCACCCAGAUCUAGAGAACAAGUUUCAGGACCUCGUCUGGCUGGAACGCGAACGCUUGGCCGCCGGCCUGGCCUCCGACGCCGAUGAGACCGCGAAAUGGGGUUCCUACAAGCAGACGGACAUGCGAAGAGGCUUGCAGGAUCGCUACUUUAACAUUAAACCCUGGAACCACAACCGCAUAAAGCUGCGCGUGCCCGCCGAGGAGCUUGACUACGUCAACGCCUCGACGAUAUCCCUCUCAUCACCCUCGAACAAGGAGCUCCCUCCCUUGCGGUACAUCGCCAUGCAGGGCCCGACAGAGAACUCGCUCGACUUUGUUUGGCGCAUGGUCGCCGAGCAGCUUACGUCUCCUGUCGUUAUCGUCCAGCUCACGAGCUUUUUCGAGAACAACCAGGUCAAAUGCUUCCCUUACCUGCCCAUGGACGAUACACAAGGCCCCUGGACGAUAAAUGAGCUGGAUGGCUGGAGCGACGGCUGGAGCGCCACGCUGAGCUUCGACUCGCUCACCACUCUGGAGGACGGUGCCAUCGAAGUCCGCAAGCUUCUGUUUCGCGUUGGUGAAGAAGAGGAGGACCGCAUAAUCUGGCAUCUCCUCUACACCAAGUGGCCCGACUUCGGCGUCCCCGCUGUCGACGACCUCGCGAGCUUCUUCACACUCAUGCGCCUGUCGCGCGAGUACAACACGGCGCCCGAGAACCCGCGCAUCAUUCACUGCAGCGCGGGCGUCGGGCGCACGGGAACCUUUAUCACGCUGGAGCACCUAAUGCGCGAGCUGGAUGACGGUGCGCUCGACGACUACGACGGCGCGGGCGAGGGCGACGAUCUCAUUUUCGCAACCGUCGACGCCCUGCGGGAACAGCGCCGCAGCAUGGUCCAGGCCGAGUCGCAGUACCUGUUCCUAUACCAGGUGCUGCGCAAGCUGUGGCAAGAAAAAUACGACGUCGAGGACAGCGACGGCGAUAGCGAGCCUGCGGCUAAGAGGCUCGAGGUCGAAGAGCUGCCGACAUGA